UCCCUCCCUCCUUCCCUCCCUCCUCUCUAGAAUUAAAGUUGGGACAGUCGUGCUCCGGGGAUGGGUGCGAGCCAACGCCUCUGCUGCCGGCUCGCUCUGCUCCCUCCCCAGGUCGUCCGGAGCCCGCGCCUCCGCCCUCCCAGGAGGGAUGCUGCUUCGGGAGCUGCUGGGGCUGCUCCGCUGCUGCUGGCCCUCGCUGCUGCUGCACUGUGCCCUCCACCCGCUCUGGGGCUCCGUCCAGAUCACUCAGGGUGAGCCCCAGAAGUCAUGUUCCAAGCCUGUAGCAGAGAAAGUCACAGAGACCUGCCAGCAAAUUUGCCAGUGCAGGCCACCUCCGCCACCACCGCCGCCUCCUCCACCUCCACCGCCACCGAGGUUGAUAGCAGUGCCAACUCCCAAGUCUACCUUUUGUCCCACUGAAGAAACCUGGUGGCCAGGCCUGGUUAUUAUCAUUGCAGUAUGCUGUGCCACACUAGUGUUCCUCCUCGUAGUUGUCAUCAUUUGCUACAAAGCCAUAAAAAGGAAACCAAUGAGGAAAGAAGAGAAUGGAACCAGUCGGGCUGAAUAUGCAAUGACCUCCUCCCAAAACAACAGAACAGUUGAUAACAAUGCGGUCGUAUAAUCCCCGAAAGCCCGCCGAGGCGCAGGAGGUGGUAAACUUUCAAAGCACACAUGCGGAGCAUGCAAGGUGGGUCAGAUAAGGCAGCGAGAGGAGCUCUGUGGCCAAGGACUUCAUUUCAGAAUCAGUGAUUCAGAAGAGAAACGCAGGCUGCUCUUCAGGCUUGCUGCUUCUCCAGGAGAGGAUAAACUCACCCACUUGGGCUGCCCAGAGAAAAGGCCUCACAAAGGCAAAAGCACUGCAUGCUGCAUCUCGUGAAAGCGAUGUCACGAUGCCUCCCACUCCUUCCUCUCUUCCACCCAACUUUUCAGUUUGAAUUGAGUGUCCACAAAAAGCUGCUGAAAUGGGAUCUUUUUAGGAGAUGAUCUGCCAGAAUGGCAGCAGCUUUUUAUGGUUCUGAGGGUCAGGGGUGGGAGGUGUCACCUACGUUCUUCUCCAGCCUGCAAGGUUUUGUACGCCUAUACUUCAUUCUUAUCACUCAUGUUAUUUCGUUAUUUAAAAGGGAACAAAGGGUUCUGUUAAGCCAUCAAGCAAACAAAAAUUGCAUGAACUUGUGACUUAUCCCAGGAAAUUAAUCUAUGGUCUGAUGACUAUGCAAUUUCCAUGGCAGAAGAUUUUUCAGGCAAAAGAAAUCAAAAUGUAAGUUUUUGGCAAUUAACAUUGCUAUUUAAAGGGAGAUGUUAAAAGAUGCUUUGAACGUUAUUACUUCAUAUCUUUCCAUCACACUUCAUUUUUGUAUCUUUAAGAAUGUUUUUCCUUUGUGAAACUUUACAUGUUUCUCUGUGUUUGCAUCAUGCUGAUUCCCCAGGGAGACCUUUGCAGGAAAGAUGUUUUGUACACCUUAGUGUGAGUAUUUGGGCAGGAAUGUGUUAAAAGGACUAGCAGCCCUUUGAAGUCCUCUUCAUCCACUGAUCAGUGUUGUUUCCUGAAAGUGUCAAAUCUUCUGAACUGACCUAUCAAGGACAUUUUAGGUCUGUCUUGGAGGACCACUUUUGAGGGUCUGGUAAGCUGGUUGUAACCCGCUGUGUUUAUUCAGUCUCUGCCUCUUCUUGGCAGAGACUGCCGAUUGUGCCAAAUUCAGCAUAGUAGCUUAGUGUUGUACUUUCCAUAACGUGGAUUGCAGACUACUUAAAGCAAAGCUGAAUCCACCCAAACUCAUUUCAGAUAGGAUCUCAGGUUAGACUCAGUAGGAAGCCCUUGGGAUAAAGGCAAUGAAGCUAGUCUCUCCCCACUGCCUGAAAACUUUCCUUUGUGUCACACCUCCUUGUGUAUGUCUCCGCUUACCUCUGUGCUGAAAGCAGUGAUGCAGCAAAAGGCAAAUUUCCACUCUGGCUUCUCGUCUGGACAUCAAGCUUCAAUACUACUCAGUUUCCAUGUUGGUGAGUAACUCCCAGGCGCUGAAUCAGUCUUGCUCCAGGAUGUGGCUGUGCCCCGGCCAUCACAUCUCUUAGUACUGCAACACACUGAUGUUUUCAGUUUUAUAUAAGGAUGUGCCUGAACUGCAGAAAUCAGACCUCGAUUUUGAAUGCAUUCCUGUCUGUGACUGCUCUGUCACCAGGAUGCAGAGUUUGGCCUGAAGACAAAGUUUUGCGGACCUUCACCAAAAGAGCUCCAGGAUAUUUAAAUCAGCAGUUUCAGCUCAGGCCCAUCUGUAGUUUUCUACUGCCUAUUGAACAAUAGGGUAUAUGUAAAUGUAAGUAUCUUUUCAAUGAUAAAAUUAAAUGCUGCUAUGUACUGCUGUGGAGGAAUUUAUGGAAUUAUUCAUUCAGCUUUUUAGCCUGUCAUCACUAUGUAGAAGAAGUUUAGCUACAUGAAAUUAUUUCUAAAGGCUAUACUUUCUCAAGAAAUGAAUGCAGUUACAAAAGUGAAAGGGAGUAGGUGACCCUUUGCCCAAGAGUAUGAUCAUUCUCUGCCAUAUUCAUGUUGUAUGCUUGCACAAGAGACGGUGAUACAUUCUUAGACCCAAAAUGGGAGUAAAACGACAGAAUUCACACCUCAAGUCUAGUAUCCCAAAUGUUGAUUGCCUAAAGCACUUAGUCCCUAAAUACUAUAAUAAAAGUAUUGCAGGUAUAUUUCUAGAAUAUUUUCUAAGCUAUAACAUUAAUUUUGGUGUAGUUACCUAUGUUUGCCUUUCUUUUUGUUUUUUACUCCAGUUGUUUCUGCCUAAACAUGGCAUAGUCUGAGACUGGUUGCAUGUUUAGCUGAGAGUAUAAAGCGUAACUGCAAAUGAGUUUAGCAUGAUACAGGCUCAGGAUUAGCACUUUCUCCUAAUGGUUGUUGAUUUUAUUUCUUCCCUAAUACAGCUUUAAAGGCGUGUUCGGUAAGGCCAAAAUCACAAAUGUGAUUUGCAGCUUAUGUCCAUCAAAAAAUGUGUCUGUUUUUGCAAGAAAGAGUCCAAAGAGAUGGCCACCAGACACUGUCACAUUUUCAGUGAUGUCAAUAGUAAAAUGUCCUUGCUUGUGAAAAUCUUGGUGCAUGACUUAACUCAGAAGCAAACUUCGUGGAGAGCAAGGAGACAGGGCAUAAGGAAGAAGACACAAGGACUAGGACCUGUUUUCAACUCUCCUGCUGAUCUGAUGUUUACUAGCAAGUAAAUUUGCCUCUCUGUGCCUCAAUUUACCCACCUGUAUAAUCAAGUUAAAAAUACUUACCAGCUCUAUGGCAGUAUUCUGUGAGCUAUAGAUGUAUCUUAUUUGCAUAGGCAGAUACACGCUAUUGUUAUAUCCAACAUGCUGAUAUCAAAUACAUGUACUUAGGCACACCACUACCACCACUACCAUAAUGGUUCUUAAGCAGACAUUCCCCAAUGUGCUUUUCUAAUCCACUGGCCAUAGAAGAGCUGCAGCAGACAGACUGAGAGCUACUCCUCUGCUUGUCCAGAACCUUUGCUCUCAGCACUCACACAGCUGCACAGCAGGGAAAGCUGGAAAAUCUUGCAUGGGAUAGUUUUGUCUUUAGCCUCCUACAAUUGACUACACUGCACCAAAAUUUAAGAUGAUUUUCAGAAAGGCACUUGCAAAAGUACAGUGGAAGCAGAGGUAAUUCUUCAGAAAAGAGAAGUGAGAAAAGCAUUGGAGGAAUAAUUUCUGAAGUUUACUGAUGUGAUUUAAGGUUGUUUAACACUCUACAGAUUACUUGCAAAGCUUUUAUUAAGAGGCUUCUGUGCUUCCUUGCCAUACUGUAAUUCAGAGCUUUACUAAGCAGUGACCCUGGAUGUGGGAGACUGGCAAUGAAAAUGCAGCUUUAUGAGUGCGAGUUUAGUUUUAGCCACCAAAAAUAGCAGGUUUGAAAGGUCCUGCAUAGCUGCUUUCAUAAAAUAGCCAGCAGAUGCAAAGGUGGCCAGUUUCUACACAGAAGUUAACUAUUCUGCUUUGACCACCACCAGAGAGACUCAGAAAACCUGCUGUGUUCAGUCUGAGGGAGAGCAUCAACUCAAAAUGUCUUCUCAAAGAUCACUACUAGCAGCCACAAGCAGGGAAUGCACUUUAAGAGCCUGAGCUUCAAAGUGUUGAGUUUCCCCAAUCCUCAGCAGUGCCAGGAAAGCAAAGCUGAAGCCUCAGUCUGGCCACACUUCGAGUCUCAGACCUGACAAAAUGGCGUGCCCAGGAAAGCAUCUCUAUCUUGGAUAGAUGCUGCAAAAACAGACAUGGGAGGAAAGAGGAAAGUUCUACUCAGUAUAAGUUAAAAAUGCAUUGAUACAUAUCUGUACAGAGACCUACUUGUCCAGGUCCUUGCACCCCUUAUGGCCACAGCACGUGAAGCGAGUGCGGUCCUCCUGCUCUAACCAGGACACAACCAUAGGAUGCUGCCAAGUGAUGGAGAAUCAGGUCUAUGAUAGAUAUGUAUCUACAAGACUCCCUGCACCUGUACAAACAGAAAUAUAUUCAUUUAAGUUGCAGAAUAGUAUGUUUAAAUCAAUGCAUGAAUGUAAAUAUUCUAAGAUCUGCCUUCUUGACUGUGUACCACAUGUACAGAUAAAAACAAAUAUUGUUCAUAGGAAAUCUGUAUCAGUGGUUAAAUGACUAAAGAGGAAAAAAAAGAACCUGAAUUAAUGUUGUCAUGUUUCUCAAACAAGCCAUUAAUGUAUAUUUAGUAUUUAAGGAUAUUGCUCAAUAAGUAUGUUCUGUACCAAAAACUGUGUUGCAUAUACAGAUUGUGCAGUACCCUAUUUUAAAGAGGAACCAUAAUUAAUUUUUAUUUUAAAUAAAAAGGUACCUUGUAAAAGUU